UAUUUUUAGAGUGCAACCUUCUCUUAGUGAUUUGUGACGUGCCUAUACGACGUGUUAUUCUCUCAGUUUUCUUUGCAAUAAUAACCUAUUCGUCCGAGUGUGAUUUUUAGUUAGGUACCGUAGUAGUGGUGUUCGUGAAAAUUUUCUGGCUACACAAUUCAUUAUUAGGUAUAGUAAGUGCAGAUAAGGUAUAAGUGCAGCAUGGAGCGUAGGGACAGCCCUGACUCAGACGUGGGCUACAUAGAGGAGGAUCACCCACUGCGACCCCAGCUGGCAGCGCAGAGCAUUGCACUGCUGCAGGUGCCACCAGGGCAGCGGUCGAGACAUGCCUCGGUCUCGUCCAACCUCACCGACCAGGAUGUGCCCAUCUAUGUCAGGCAAAAGCCCAACUACACUCAACCCAAGGGCCUAAAUCCACGUUUGGCUUUCGCAAUAGCCGCUGCAGCCGUCGGAUCAGCCUUCCAACACGGCUACAACCUCGGAGUUGUCAACGCUCCUCAGAAAUUAAUUGAAGAAUGGAUUCUGGGAGUUAUCAGAAAUCAGACAGAUGCAAGUCCGCCAUCAGAUGCAGACCAAACAAAGGUCACAAUGAUAUUUUCAAUAGCUGUUUCAAUCUAUUGUGUCGGUGGAAUGUUGGGAGGUGCCAUUACAGGUCUGGUCGCAGAAAAGUAUGGCAGAAAAGGUGGACUGUUGUUCAACAACAUAUUCAUCGUAAUCGCUGCUGCAUUGCUAGGAUUCUCAAAGGCGAUGAACUCAUAUUACAUGAUUAUUGUGGGAAGAUUCCUUCUGGGUAUCAACUCAGGACUCAAUGCUGGACUGACUCCAAUGUAUCUGUCAGAAAUAGCACCAGUGCAAUUGAGAGGAGCGGUUGGUACAGUUUAUCAGCUUGUGUUGACAAUCUCCAUCCUGAUAUCUCAGAUUCUUGGACUGAACUUCAUUUUGGGAACAGCGGAGUUGUGGCCAAUUCUUCUUUCAUUGACAAUUGUACCAACAAUAUUUCAGUUGAUAACGCUUCCAAUGUGCCCUGAAAGUCCAAAAUACCUGCUCAUCACAAAAGGACAGGAAAUUGAAUCUCAAAGAGCUGUGACGUGGUUCCGUGGCACAAUCGAGGUGCACGACGAGAUGGAUGAGAUGCGCCGAGAGUAUGAGAGCAUGAAGCUGGUGCCCAAAGUCACUCUCAGGGAGAUGCUCGUCAACUCUGCUUUGAGAAUACCGUUGUUCAUUUCGUUGGUUGUUAUGAUUGCUCAACAGCUGUCUGGAAUCAAUGCGGUGAUAUUCUUCUCAACAAGCAUCUUCCAACUGGCUUCACUUGGAGAUUCGGCGCAACUGGCCACCCUGGCAAUGGGCGCAAUGAACGUUCUCAUGACAGUCAUCUCUCUCGUUCUUGUUGAGAGAGUUGGUCGCAAAGUGCUGCUUUUGGUUGGUUUCAGCGGUAUGUUUGUGAUCACCUGUCUUCUUGCAGUUGCUCUUGCAUACGUGAAAAGCAACAAGUGGCUGCCGUACGUUUGCAUAUUGCUGGUGAUUGCGUUCGUGGUGAUGUUCGCGGUGGGUCCAGGCUCGAUCCCUUGGUUCCUGGUGUCCGAGCUGUUCAACCAGUCGGCGCUGCCCUUGGCCACCAGCCUCGCCGUUGGCACCAACUGGACGGCCAACUUCUUUGUUGGACUUGGAUUCCUACCCCUCCAGCAAUUGCUCGGUGGACAUGUGUUCUUCAUCUUCGCAAUUUUGCAAGCUCUCUUCAUUGUGUUUAUUUACAAGAAGGUUCCUGAAACCAAGAACAAGACCUUGGAAGAGAUUUCCACCAUGUUCAAACAAAUCUCCUACACGUAGGGCAGAAUUAUCAUUUGACUGAGUAUUUGAUACGGGUGAUUAUUUCUGAUUAGCUGGUCUAGCUGAUCAAUUGUCUCUCACAGAAAUCUCAGAAGAAUUCGAUCUACAAACAUACGAAUGAAGUUUUAGCUUGAUGGGUAGCUCAGUUGACUUGUUUAAGCUGCAGCUUGUUCCUAAUCGAGAUUUUGUUCUAGAAUCUUCCCAAAAGCUCAGUUCAUAUUAACAUAAGAAAAUUGUUUCUAUUAAUGUAUUGAUUGUGGUACCGACAUUGAUAUUGUAAGCUUAGGUGAGAUUUACGCUGUAAGUAGUAUAUUAUGUGAAAUAACAGUAGACAAAAUAGAUGCAUUGAAUAUUGGACAAAAUUUGUAGAGCCGUUACCUGAAUAUAAUAACCAUCUUAAUAUUCAAUACAUUAUAUGAUAACCUGUGACGCUUCAAGAUUUUCAAACUGCUGUGUUCAAACUAUACCAAUGUUUUUAAAAAUCACUCAUAGACUUUUUUACAUCAGUUUUAUCACUUGAUAUUGUGCCAUUUCUAUACUCGCACUACAGUAUAUUGAAAUCAGUUCUGAUUUCUUAUGUGUGUUGUAAUAUAUUUUAUAAAUUAAUGAUAUUUUUUAGAAUAUUAUAGAAAAGAGAAGUAUGGAAUACCAAAUAAUGGUAAUUUCAUAUAGUGUUAAUAGAUGAGAGAAUGAGAAAAUCCAUUAAGAUCUGUAUUUUAAAUGUACUAUUGAAUAAUAAUAUUUGUCAAUGUUAACUAACAGUGCCAUGGAAUAAUCAUGAUGAAUUAUCAUCCUUAAGAAAACGUUUUCAAACAACAGAUCUUUUCUUGAAAUUUUAUGUCAGUGACAUUUUCUCUAGUUAUUUUAUUCCCUUUCAACCAGGAAUCAACCAUGACAUUAUGCUCAUUUUUUAUUAAUGAUCUAUGUGUACACAAUGUGAGUGAACACUAUGUAUGUUAGUAUUCACAGUAUUAUCAUCACCAACCAUCAUUACAAGCCACAAGCCUUGGUAGUUGUUGAUCAGAAUAAUUUAGUAACUGGAAAGACUGGAGUGAACUACACGAAUUAUUCAGCCUGCAUCAAUUUAUUUUAUCGUAAGUCAAUUAUUUGAUAACGAUUUUGUGAUUAAGAUCUGCCAUUUGUAGAACUCUUAGUCAACAAUAUAAAUAUUAUUAUAUCAUUAGCAUAGUAACUUAAAUGAAUACUUAAUGAUUCAAUUUUCUGAAAACAUGUUUCAUUUAAAUUUAUAACUUGAUCGCCAUCAAUCUUAUAGAUUUUAGACUCAUUCAAAGAGUAUUACAGUGAAGAACUGUUUCACAAUACAUUAAUCUGUCAUGACGGUUCAAUUGAAAAAUAACGAGUCUCCUCUAUCAAUGUAGCGUCAUGUCUCCUUAUUAUCUUCUAUGAUGAUGAAGUAUUAAGUACUAUUUAUAUUGAACGGAAGUUAUAUAUGUUUAUACUUGUACCGUACCUAAUUUAUAUUUCACAUAAGUUGUAGUCUAAUAAUUCACUCCAUAAACUAAUUUUUUUUUUCAAAAUCACUCCAUUUGAAUCAACUAUGUAAAUUAGUUCUCAUUACACCUCAGAAACCUAAUCAUGUGAUUUGUUCUAUGAAUAUUUCAAUUUCACUCUUUAUAUUAUAUUUAUGUACUUUGCAGUGAUUCAUCAAUUGAAAGUCGAAUUCUAAAAAUAAUUUAUUGUAAUCGUUGCGCCCAUAUUCUACAUCACUUUCAUGAUUCAACAAAUUUGAUUUCCACUGUACUAUAUUAUCACAUUUCUAUUUAUUUAGUUGUAAGAAUAUAGACCAUUUUUGUAGAUGAUUCACUAUUCUAGUUUUGUAUUUAAAGUGCUGAGAAUGUUUGUAUUAAUAAAAAUAUUUUUACACCAUA